AUGCCUGAUAGUUGUCGAAAAGGCACCAAUGGCGCGGAAAACACACGGCCGCGUUCGACGCGAGUUCGUUCGCUUGGUCAUCGCCUGAACCGCCAAUCGGCAGCAAACCUAGCUGACCUCUUCAAUGUGACGGACGUGCUGGUGAAACAUGCUGCGAGAAAUCCUUUCGUCCCGUGGAAGGUUUGGAAGCGUGGCGGAGGGACCUAUCUUCCUUGUCCAGCAGCUACACCGCCGAAAUGCUCAGACUCGGCAGCUUCUUUGCGGUCCAUCAAGGCGAGCCGUACGCCUGUCCGUCGGCUGAGGCGACUAGCCCGCGAAAAGGGAGGCAGCGGAUCUUUUACCAAGCCCUCCUCAGCAUCGCCAGUGGUACUGGCUGCUUCGCCACUCUUCCACGCUGCCGCAAGUUCUUCACCAUCUCUCCAAAAUGGACACCUUUCCAGCUGCAAAUAUGACGGGAGUGUAUCCAGUCAGGGGGAGGUUUACCGUGCUGAUGACGGAUUUCCGACGUUGGCGGAGGACCAGGUGAACGGAACUCGGCCACAUCCCCCUGUCCCACCGUGGCUGUCCCUGAGUUCUGGACCGACUAAAGGCGUUUCUGUGUAUACUGGUGAUUAUGGGCGCUAUUGUUAUCCACUUUCGCGACCUGAAUCUGAGGACCCUCCACCGCUGCCACCGCUGAGUGAGUGCUUUCUCGGGUUUGAACGUGGGCCAUCUUUCGGAUUUCUUCCUCGCUGGAGCGCCGGUGUCUCGAAGGCCGAUGCUCCCCAAAGCUCGUGCAUUCCGGAACGCUCUUAUGAGGGACGACGGCAUCUGAUGAUUGCUGGUUUACGGGAUGAGGCGGGCGAGGAAGCAUGUCGCAAUUGGACAAAGGUGGGUGAGACGGAGGAGGCCGUUCUUGCAGAUUGGAAUACAUUGACGUCUGACGGGGAGCGGCGACGCCCUUUCUUCGUUACGCUUCGAUCUAUGAGGCACAGUUACGGAUGGGAAGAAGACGGACGAGUCAGCCCGUUUUCAGCAGGGCCGUCGCCUACGUCCCAGGAUCGACUUGGAUCCGACGUCGCCUCCGCAGCAUCAUAUGAUGGCAGUUUUCCAACUGACGAGGGCAUUGGCACCGUCGAGCGUUCCGAGAAACUGGCGUCUGUGCCGUCGACAGCGAGUACGGUAUCAAGCAUGAAGAAAGGCAGAGCCGAAGAAUAUGGGCAUCUGCGAUCAUCUGAGUCGCCAUCUGUUGAUUCUUCUUCGGUUGACGGGCUGCUUUAG